UGCAUAUUGUUGUAGACAGGCAUCAAUCAUGGAAAUAAAUGUGCAAAUCUUUUACGAAGAAAUGGAACUGGCUAUUCAAUCCAUGCCAAGAAUGAUAUAAACAAUGCCCAAGAACUUACAACAAAAAUAUCAAACGGGAAGCAAGAUACAGAGAAGCCAGGUCAAGAGCGUAGUUCGUUUCUUCCAAAUGUAUACAGUACUGACUUGGAUUUCAGGACAUACAGUCGACAGUGGGUCAAUAAUAGAAGUCAAAACUAUGAAAAAAGCUCCAUUAAGAAAGAAGAUAAAACAGAUUAUCAAGAAAUUCAGACACAAGUAGAGGGACAAAACACAAAAGAAGAGACAACCUAUGCACGUGCAUAUCAUACCAGUCCCUUUAUUGACAGAGUUAAUAGAGGCACAAUAUCCAAUUUUAGUAAUAACUUGCAGCACGAUAGAAUUUCCAUAGAUUGUAAAGAGUUUGAGAAACCCAAAACUCUUACAAAGGAACAACCUGUAAUUUCAAACACAAAGGGAAAAAUGAAAUGAAGAAAAACACCACAAGGUUUGCCAAACAUUGGAAACACAUGCUAUGCUAAUUCCCUCCUACAGAUACUGAGUGAGACUCCAGAUUUAUUCGAGGUAGUAUUACUAUGUGCUGAGAAUAGUUCACCUGUGUAUAAUAUGAAGAAAUCUCAUGUCACAAAUACAUUCUGUAACCUUUUACGUUCAAUGAAUUCGUCCAACCAAAGCCCAAAGUCAUUUACAAUAGCAGCAUUUAUGGACAUGGUUUCUAAAAGAGAUAGAGAAUUCAGCAUCGGGUACCAGAACGAUUGUCAUUCCUUCUUCCUCACACUAUUAAGCGAACUACAUGAUGAAAACCCAGGAAAAGAUCUGGCACGAAUAUUUGAAAUGGAAAUGGUUGACGAGUUUACAUUUGACUCCUGUACACACAGAGACGUGACUGACACGCAGAUCAUGAGAAGCCUGACUAUACCUUCUGGAUCUCCCAGGGUUGAAGACGGGUUGUUAGAUUUGAUGUACGAGGAGGUUUUUGAUGAAUCUGAAGUUCCUUGCAGGGAUUGCAAUUUGAUAGGGUAUGGUAAAACGAGAAAGGCUAUGAAGUUUCGUCAUCUGCCACGUGUCAUCGUUCUUCAACUAGGAUGCUUUCAAGAGAUGAGUUAUGGAAACAACCUCCAUAUUGCCAAGUCCUAUAAAAGAAUUGGAUUUAGUAAAGAUCUUAGAGUUCCACAAUUGAGUGGAAGGCCUGCAAUAUAUCAUCUAUAUGGAGUUGUUAAUCACCAUGGCUCAACAUACGGUGGCCACUAUACGGCAUAUGUGAAACAUCUAUCGAAUCUUGACGGAGGCCACUGGUACAGUUGUAAUGACAGUCAAGUACGAAGUUCGAGUUUGUCCGAAGCUUUGGGGUCUAGUGAUGCCUAUCUGCUAUUUUAUAAAUUGUAAAAAAUCUUUAAACACGAGUCUAUUGUUUUUAUGGAACAUUUUAAUGGAGCAGUGAAUCUCAUAUUAAUAUAAUCACAUUUAUUUUAUUUUGAAUUCCGAUUUUAAAGGGUUUAAAUUUGUUCUCCUUUUCAAUAUUUAAACGAAAAGGCUGGUUUUGAUAGUUUUAGAUUUCAGAAAAAAACGGUGCUUAUAAAUUUUAUAUCAUCAUUAGCAGGUUUGAUUUUCUAAUGCAAAUGAAUUUUUCAAAUUUAAUUCGGUAUAUUUUUAUUCCAAAUGGAAUGAAUAAAGCUAAAAUUACAUGGUGCAGUUGCAUAAUAUUGCUAUAUAUAUUUUCCAUAAUAAACGACCGAAUUAAAGAUGAUUGAUGUGUAAAUGACAUUUUUGUUUAUAACAAUAUUUGGAUGUAGAAGUGUAGCCCUUCGUUUUGCCUAGUCAGGUUAUUGAGAAUACAUACGGAUAGACAGCAAUACAGAAAGACGGAUGUCGGUCAAAAUGUGAGAAAAAAAAGUCCACUUGGCUCAAAUAAAAGAUAAAAGCAUACACAACGAAUUAUUGUUCGCAAUUGAUGAUAAACCUUUAUAUAAACUAUUUUAUUCUAGAUGUAGUAUACCAUAAAGGAACUUGUAUUCGCGACUUUGUUUAACGAUUUUGGGGUAAACUAGUUUGAGACGAUUGAUUUUUGAGAUCAAUCCUUUUUGGAUCUGUUUUUAGACACAGAGAUUUUAAGGACCGGUUUGCAGCGAGAAAUAUUCGACGAGGCAUGCUUAUAUCGCGAAUAUGUCUCGCACUUGAAUAAUAACUUGUUUACAGUAUUCUUAAUAUGUAUAGUAUGAACAUGAAUAUUGGAAUAUUCGGUUAAUAUAUAUAUGUUUGAGCAAUACAGGACAAAAUAUUUUAAGUAGAAAUAAGCGUUGAAGUAACAAUGCUUCCUACAGAAAUUGAUAAAUAUUUUCCUUUUUUAUUUUCAAAAAGUGAUAAACUUAGUAACACAAGUUAUGCUUACAUGCUCUCAGAGAUUAAUGCUUUCACGUUCUGAUUUUAAACAAGAAUGAAUUCUGUAAUAAAAUCAUUAUCAUUGAAAUACAGAAUUCCAUUAAAAAAAUGCUUGUUCUAUGUUGUUUAUUAUUCAGAAAUAUAUGCGCAUUUUUAUGACUUAAGAUUUUUAUUAAGAUCUUAAAAGAAUGACUGCUAAUAUUUGAAGUUUCCUUAACUUUUUUCUCGUUUUUUUUUUUUUUUUGUUUUCUCCGUGUAUUUCUCUUAAUAGGCAAAAAAGGGAAAAACACAUCUGAUACACUAACGCAAAUGAACAAUUGGUGUUUUCAUUCCUAAAACAAGAUAUAAAACAGAAA